AUGGUAUCGCUUGUGGAAGACGAACCUGAUGAGACUGAUAAUAAAGCGGAAGACACUGUUUCUGAGUUCGAAUCCGAGGGACCUUGUGGCAAGCAUUACCAGCAUACGCAGUCCCUCGAGACGCGACGGAAACUCUCCAAACGCAAGCAUUAG